AUGAAGACCACCACCAUCACCGCCCUCCUGGGCCUGACCCUCAGCGUCUCCGCCGCCCCAAGCCUCAAGAAGCGCCUCAACCACCCCGACAUCCCCAAGGCCGAGGCCGCCAUCGUUCAACAACCCACCGCGGAGACCCUCCCCACCGACCCCCUCGUCUCCGUCUGGCUCGACGGCCCACAAGAGAACCAGACCGCCGCCAACGCCGUCGAGAUCUUCGUCACCGGCCCCGCCGUCGACCCCAAGAACGUCUCCAGCGCCGCCAUCGGCGACUGGGCCGUCGCCAUCCUCGAGCUGUCCGACCAGGUCGGCUCGGAGGCCGCCCCUUCGUCGGAAUCUGAUCCUGUGGUCACCGUCUGGGCUGAGGGCCCCGUCAACGGCACCAACACGUUGGAGAGCACCGCCGUCGAUGUCUUCAUCACUCGUCCAGAGACUGAUGGCAGCGAGGUCACGACUGGUGAUCUCCGCGAGAUUGCCGUGGGCAUUCUGAAGCUCGCCAAGAAGGCCGAGGUUGGCGAGGCUCCUCGCCCGGGCCCUUAUGUUCCUGGCUGGUCGGGCAGCUCGUUCGGCGGUCUCACUGGUGCUUAG